UCUUACUUAGGUAUCUAUAUUGAAGAAUUACCCACUACGGUUAUAUACAACCUUUUUGGUAUUCAAGGGUGUGCCAUUUAACACCAGCUUAGAAUGGACUAAUAUAGGUAGAUUGCAUUGCCUGUAUCCUUGGUGGGAGGAUGCAACUGUGAGUUUUAUGAUUAGUGGUGGCUACAACGUCUCCCGACAGAUAGAUCAGGUGAAGCAGAAGACACUUAUCAUAUGGGGUGAGGAUGAUCAGAUUAUUAGCAACAAGCUAGCAGUGAGACUGCACUGUGAACUGCCGAACGCGAUUGUUCGGCAAAUACCGGAUUGUGGGCAUCUUCCUCAUGUCGAAAAGCCAGAUUCGGUUGCCAGAUUAAUCUUGGACUUUAUGAAGGAUUACUGCCAGAGAAAGUCCCAGUUUGUCCCCAUGUAAUCGAGGUUAAUGUUGCUUAAACUCAGAACUAUAUUUUAGCUCGGAUCGUGCCUUACCUGUACGUUUAAUGGUUAAAAUGCUUAUACAUAACAUGAGAAAAAUUGAUCC